AUGGGCAACAAAAAGUCCAGCCAAGCGAAAGACGAUCUGCCACCUCCGCUGCCACCACGGAACUUCUCCGAUUCUGACGAUUGCAGCUCCUGCGAUGGAUACGAGCGGUUAAAGCCGUUGCGCCCACCCGGUGCCCCAAUUCUUCCGAGACGCCGGAACAAAUCGCAACUUCCGCUCGCACCGUGGUGUGAAGAUGGGCUAACGUACUACGAGAGUGUGCACCCGAAUCGCCCACCAGUCCCUGGUAGACCUUCAUCACCGGGUCAACCACUCCGGUUCGAAACUGGCCGCAAUCGAUGUGCACGGUUCAAUCAGGACGAUGAUUUUGACUGUCUGGUGGUGUUUAUUGAGGACCAUCAAACCGCCGAUUGGCUGCGCGAGCUCGACGAAAACGAUGAGAUCGUCGCUACUAGAGUCCUGACCGGCCCGAGGAUCGUUAUCCUGCAUCGCCACAAUGGUGACUUCGGAUUCACGCUGCGCCACUUCAUCGUCUAUCCACCGGAUUCGAUCAUGGAAAACGCCCCGUUCCCGUUGGCCGCGGUUGGAGUGCUGAACUUUGCGCAACCGAUGGACACGGUGUUCGUGAAGAAGGUGCAUCCCAGCACGCCAGCUCACAUGGCUGGGCUGCAGGAAGGUGAUCGACUGUUGGCCGUCAACGGCGUCCCAGUCACCUCAAUACCAUACUCGCAAGUCGUCGCCACCAUCCAGCAGACACCGAAGACACUCACACUGCAGGUGGUGCCGAAAAACUACGACAUCCUGCAAACGUUCUUCAGCGAAACCGCACACAACCCGGAAACAAACCAGCGUCCUCAACCGCAGCAGCAGUUGGUUCCGGUACAGCAGAUGCUGCCAUCAAAGGCAAGUGGGGCGUUUUCCAAACCGAGACGUCCACCACCACCACCACCACCAACAGCCCAUCCACUCUCGCUGGAGGGUGUGCAAGAGAAGCAAGAGUCGCUGUACAGCACGCUGCAGGAGAUCGCGGCAGAUAACGUAACACCAAGCUCAGCUGGUAAAGGAGCGCUAAAGCACGCCACCGAGUUGCCGAAGAUGUUAGCUCUAACUGCAACACCUCACCUGCCGAAGCAACCAACUCUGCAGCUGCUUCCGGGUGGUGGCCCAAAAUCACCGACACUCUUCGAGUACGAUUCGCUCAAGCAGCAGCAGCAGUACGUGCACCAGCAGCAACCGCAGUACCUGCCGAAGAUGUCACUGCACGCGAAGGAACCGGAAUCGAUGGACGGUGACAGUGCCAUCAUGUCACGGUUGCGCAAGAGUCUCGAGCAGAAGGAGGAGUUUCUUCGACGUCCUGCAACGACGGGUCAGUCACCAAACACGGCCGCUGCUUCAGCUGCUGCUGCUGCGGCUGUUGCGGCCGCUGCUGCCACAGCAGCUGGCAGUGAUGUGCAGCAACGAGAGUUUUACGCUCGUCCGAACCGGUUGCAGAAGUCUGUCUGGCCACCAAACACGCUCAGCCUCUCGUUGACGUCUCCUGGUUCGAGUGGAUUCACGAUGCAGGAUUCCACUGCCGGUUCCCGAGCGACUGGUGGACCAGCAUCACCACCGAAUACUAUAUCGACCGUUUCGUCUGGCGGAUCACUGGGAAAUUCGAUCCCAUCGACGGGCUCAUCUCCAACCGCUUCGGCGUCACCGUCAGCCACGGGCGCUGUGUCGAAAGUCACCGGCGGUUCGUCGUUUGCGUCCUCAUCAUCGAUUGGCCGCGAGCACGCAUCCCAACUGUCCGCGAUAAGGGAACACUUCUUCACGGGUGGUGUCGGUGGUUCAAUGCAGAUCCCACCGAAAUCAGCACCACCAUCGCUAGCGAUCGUAGCACCGGCUACACUCACCGUACCGGCUGGACCAUCCUCACCGACUGGUGGUGCUACGGUGCCACUGUCACCUCACAGCAUGCACGCCGUCUCGGAAAAAGCGAAACUGUUCGAGUCUGGCCGGCCUCUGUCGCCUGAGGGAAUCGAUCGGAUGGAUCUGUACAAGAGCGAGUUGAGCAGGAUCAACACCAAGCAGGUGGUGCCGAAUGUGGCCGUGCGCAGGAAGGAAUUCGAACUGAAAGCCGAAAGCACAGGCUGGCGCAAGUCGAUCGAGGAAAAGCCACGCUCGGUCAGCUCCGAUUCGGAAUCGCGCCGGACGCCGGUACGUCUGCGGUCGCUUUCGGUGGAAUCGAACGUAACACGAGAUUCGCGCAACUCACUGACCAGCGGUUCAUCGAUGUUGCCGGUGGAUCCGUUCGAGACGCCCCAGGAAAAGGAUAAGGAUGCGCUGCAACCACUAGGACCACUCGGUUCCGGUCCAAAGCUUCGCCAGAAACCGAUCCGGGAUGAUUCGUACCGCUCGGUGGCGGUUCGCAAUUCGACAGCGUUCUGGGUCCAGGGAGCUCCAAUUCCAGCCGCCGGAAGUCCAGGCUCGAUCGCCGCCAUGGUUGAGCCAUCACCCGGAAGCUCGGUGGUGUCGCUCGCGUCAGAAAGCGAGUCCUUCCGGCCGGUGCCAGCCGUGCGCACCUACGCUGCCGCCCACCGGCACCAUCCCCUAUCGCCGGCCGAUUCCGAGCAGGCUAGGCUGAAGCUGCUACACCGGAACCAAACGAUCGUGGAGCUGCGGCAGUUCCUCGUCGGUGAGGGUGCUGACGGGGACAUUGGCGAGGGUGGUGGUGGUGCUGGGGACAUCGAGAUGUUCCACCGGCCACCACUGACAUCGCCACCACCCGCACCACUCUCGCCACUGGCGAUGGAAACGUCCGUAUCUUCCACGUCGUCCGUGCCGCUGAUGCAUCUUGGCAUUGGCCAUGAGCAGACGGCGUUGGGGUCCGGUGUGGUGGCGCCUUUCCGAGGUGGGGCUGGGCCUACUCCGGUGCGCCCUACAACCCUCAACCUCUGCACAGAUGGUUCGGUACCACCGGUCGUGAUGCGCCAGAAGCAGCCCCAUCCGCUGCUGCUCGAGGAAGAUGAACGCAAGAUGCGCAGGAUCUCGUACCUGCGCGCAACAGCACACGACAACCUGUUCCAGAUGCUGGAAAGUGACGCUGAUAGCAGCCCGAUGUCGCUGCCGGCAGCUGAUACACCCGAUGCGGACCAAGAGUCAGCUUCCGGUGAGCCAUCGACCAACGCAACGAUUGCAACCCAACAUCCGGCAGCUGAGGACGUCCCAUCGAUGACCAAAAUGCAGCCUCAGCAGCUCAAGAGUGCCUACCGCCCCUGGCGCCGUCCUCGUCUCACCACCGACAUUCAGCCACUCCGGCGGCUCUUCGAUCCGGAAUCAGAACCACCUUCCGGUGCGCGGCUUCUUCCACCGAUCCUUGAAUCCGAGUGCUCAGGUGAACCCGGACCCACCAAGCGUUCCCGUGCUCGCCCCGACACCCCUCGCCCGACCGGUGCCCCCCCAAUUCCUGACCACCCCCAGCCCGACGAGGACGACGAUGACGACGACGAGGACGAAGAGGAUUGUGAGCAGUACGGUGAGGUUAUCGGACCGGUGGAACGGCGCGGUGCCGCAAGGGCGAAGGGCCGAUCGGCGUCCCUCGUCACCACGACACCGGUCGGUGGUGGGCGGUUGUUCGGGGCGGCCGGAAGUCUUGGCCAUUUGCACGUCAUCACCACAACGACGGCAGGUGGUGUCGUCACGCGCAACUACUUCUUCGCUCAGAGUCACGGGACCAAAUCGAAAGCACUCGCACACUUCCGGGACGGAGCAGCCGACAGCUCGGAGCCGCUGGUACGUGAAGGCGAACUACACGUCAAGGUGACGCUGAUCGAUGGCAAACGCUCAGCCGAUCGCAGUUGGCGCACGGUCCAUGCCGAGCUUCGUGGCCAUCACCUCAAGCUAGCCCUGGUCCGUGAGGGCAAAAACUCGAACCAGAGCCCGGAACCGUGCGGCAACAUCGAUCUGGCGAACUUCCACGUAACGGAAGGCAACUACACGAAGCGGAAGAAUGUGUUCAAGCUGACGACGGCCUCCGUGGGUUCGUAUUGCCCAAUAGAGGUGGCCACGGCGGCCGGUUUUGGCCAUGCAGAGGUUCACCGGACGCAAUCCGCCACGGGGUUGGCCAGUGUGAGCGGUGUUGGUGGCAGUGGAGGCGUUGCAGGUGGCAUCACGCGUGGAGCGGCAAAUCGCAGCGCGUCCACGGUUGGGCUGCCGGGGUCUGAGCGUGAACUGCUGCUGCAGGCAGAUAGCCACAGCGAUAUGCAGCAGUGGAUGGAAUCGCUGCGAAGUGUCUGCGGUGGAGGUAGUACUGGUCAGCUGCACAGCCCUGUAUACCUGAGCGGGCGUGGUGGUCAGCAGGCGGAACCACAACGGAUUGCGGCCCAAACCAGCGUACAGGUGCACGGUAGCAGCAACAGUGGCGACGACUUCUCACCGGUGUUACCUGCGAAAUCCCACCGGAAGUACGCACUUGGAUCACGCUCUCCAUCCGGUCAAUCGCCAGUCACGAAGAGUCGGAAAACACCCCAAACUGGAUGUAGUUCGCCCACUGGCAGCACGGAUGCGUCGAUCGGUGCCAUCACGACGGCUUCCAAUCAACCUCAAAGUCAGUACCAUCAACCACCCCAUCUAACUCUGCAACAACAGCAGCAACAACAGCAGCACUUCAGCGGCACGAAGGAUAGCUCAGAUCGCGAGACAGGUUCACCUAAAUCCAAGACCUGGAAGGGUAUUGUAGCACGGCAGUUCCGCAAGAUGCAGGGACAACCGCCCGGUUCGGCAACUGGAACAGAGAUGCUCACACUUCCGGAUGGUGCCUCGAUCAACGUGCCACUACAGCACUGCCCGGUGUCGGAUGAGAACCCUUACGUGCCUCUUGUGCUAGCUAAGUGUACCGGCAUCGUGGAAUCAAAAGGUCUUGGUGUGGUAGGGAUCUAUCGCAUCCCAGGUAACACUGCCGCCAUCACACAGCUGACGGAGAUCAUCAACCGUGGGUUGGACGAAACGGCUCUACGUGAUCCGCGCUGGGAAGAUGUCAACGUGGUGUCCUCACUGUUGAAGUCGUUCAUUCGCAACCUUCGCGAGCCACUGCUUCCGAAUGAGCUGUACGGUGGGUUUAUUAGUGCCGACAAGCUAAGUGGGCAAAGGCGAUUGCUUGAACUACGCCAACUACUUCACCGAGUGCCACCGAUGAACUACGAAACGCUGAAGCAUUUGAUGAGGCAUUUGCAUCGUGUCAGUACCCACAGCGAGGAGAAUCUGAUGGAUCCACGCAAUCUAGCGAUCGUGUUUGGGCCAUCUGUGGUCCGGUCGGCCAAUGAGUCGCUCGAAACGGCCGUCAAGGACAUGCGCCACCAGUGCCAGAUCGUUGAAGUGCUCAUCAACUACUAUCAAUACUUCUUCGAGGACGGGCUGUUGCCGAAUGUGGAUGAGAGCAAAACCGCGACCGGUACUGUCGUUGAUUCCGGCCUGGAUGUGCCCUCGACUUCGCUGCUGCUUGAUAACGUCUCCAAAAUUGAGCCGUUUAAAGAGCAGUCGAAGGAGAGCAGCUCCGGUUUUGUGGCCCACAUUGUGCAGGCCGCUAACCGUAAGAUACGACGUACGGCACAACGGAAGAGCACUAUGUCCUCGACCACUCCCGAUACGCUUUCGCUCGACAGCACCACGUCGGCGGAGUCGAAGGAACAAUCGUCGCGUGUCAUCCGGCGGUACUUGGAGCUCGGACCAAAGGGAGGACCAGUUGUUGGUGCCGGAACCAGUGUCGGUUCCGGAACCGGAGGUAGCGAUCGAACACUGGCCGUGCACGAAACCGCUGGUUCGGUCGGGACCGGAUUAAGCAGUGACCCGGCUGGUGAAGACAGCCUGUUGCAGAUGCACCACCACCAUCAUCAUCAUCACCAUUACUACCAUAGCAGCCGGCAUCAUGGCAGCCAGGGCAAUGACGAAGGCUCAUCAGUAUUAAUCCGCUCCUCCGAGGACGACUCGAAUGACAGUGCCUUCGCGGACAACGGAUCCAUGUCGCUGAAUACGGUGACCAUCGCGCUGGACAACAAGCUGCGGUCGCUGCGUGGUUCUUCCAUCGAUUCGGACCGUGACCAGGCGCUCGAGAGUGAUGGCGAGCUGAGCACGAGGUACGGUAACGGACAUCACUCGCUGCACCAGCAGUGGAGUCAUAUGGGUCGAUCGUCACGUCCGCUCACACUCGGCGAGAACAUUCCGUACGCGGAUGAGUCACCAGAGCGGCCAUUCAUUCAGAGCCGCUCGAAACCACCCCGUAGCUCGGGUUCUGGUACGAACAGUGAACGCGUCAAUGGUAACAACAAUAACUACGAAGAGACCAACGCAACACCGGCUAGUGUCGUCUCACCUGGGAAACAGCAGUUGAAGAAGGCACUGACUGGUAACUCGCAGAAAUCGAUAGAUAGCGGUGGAACAGUUAACUCGAGCACCAACAACAGCUGUCUGACGCUCGUGAAUGAAGCGGAUGCGACGCUGGAUGCAGGUGGUGCUGGUGCAGCAGGUGAACACCAUGAGGAUGAUGAGCAGCAGCAGCAGCAGCAGCAGCAGCAACAGCAGCAACCACCUCCAGUAGGCAAAGGCCGAAAUGUUUCACUCAGCUCGGAUGAAACCGAUACAUCGACGACGAGCAACCCACGCGAGAAGCUAACCGCGGCAACGUACCGCAUCGAUACGGAGGUGUUGAAGAAGAUGAACCGCAUCCUGACGCAGCUCGAGCGGAAGGCCAACAACCUCGAGCGCAAGUUCAACCUGAACCGAUCGCUUUCGCUCAACUACAAGUCACCUAAGGCGGUUGACUGUUGCUGCUCGCAUCACGGGCUACCCGUUACACACUCGUCCCAAGCACCCCUGGCACACUGUUGCCAGCAUCAGCAACAGCAGCAGCAACAACAGCUCAUCAGCAACAGCAUCAACAACAACAGCGCUAGCUGCCAUAACCACAACGGCGCUGGUGGAGGCGCGAUCGUGAGCUUACGAUCCCGUUUGUCCUUGACCAAGGACGAAAAGACGGACAAGAACAUCAACCGGCGGCGUCAGAUCCACGACACGCACACUGGCGCACCGGCUACGAGUGGCAGCUGUGCGAUGGUGCCGGGUGGCAAUGGUAACGUUAGCAAUGACAGUAGCAGCUGUGGUGAACCGUGUGGACCACAGAUCAUCCUUACACCGGCGACGGUAGCGCCCCCGACGGCAAACGCCGCAACCCGACAGCGACGGCAUGUUGGUAGUCGUUCGAUCCGACGGCGACACACCGUCGGUGGUACGCAUGAUUACUACUCGAACAAGAUCAACUCCCAGCACCAUCAACACCACCAUCAUCACCACCAACAUCAUCAUGCCGGCGGACAGGGAUGCUGUCCGGUGCCGCAGCACUAGAACCCCUUCACCGUGCAGGGGGGCGUUAGGACACUUGGGUACAAUAAUCGUUUAGGUUAGCCAUUUUUUUCUUCUUCGCCCCACUUCUAUUACACUUUAACACACUCACACCAGUGUGGGAGGUACCGUGUGCAAUUACGCGGGCACGCGCUAUGCGAUAUAAACGACACGAUCGUGCUUCCGUGCGCGACAUACGAGCGAAGUAGGGCACGUACACGAUGCAUACGACGCAACUACAUAACUAUACAUAUGCAUAUAUAUUCUUUCGAAGUAAGAACGCGCAGGAAAAAGCGUAACAUGCCCGGCCCGGCCGGUGGAAAUAAGGAGAGGAGCGUCUCUAGUUGGUUAGGUUAAAUUCGGUAAAUAGACGAGGAAUUUCACACGAAGUGGGUGAAAGUUUUUCCUCCAGUACGUGUGAACAUAUUUGGAUGAAACAUACGUACGCACGCACGCACACACACACUCAUACAUACACGCAUACAUAGAGAGAUAUUUACGGGAGAGCAAAAGCGAGCGUGGCGGAAACAAAAUUGUGAUAACUACUAAAUGCUUAAAAACGAUUGGAAAACUUUACUAAUAUUAUUAUUGCUCGAAUGUGGACGCUGUUCAGUCCCUCUGUUAUGUUUAUUAUUAUUGUGUUGCUAUUGUCUACUGCACCGCUCCACGUGUUUGAAUCCCGUCUAUGCUCCCAAUCUGUGUGUGCCUGUGAGAAUUUCUUUUUUGAUGUAUAAAAAGCCACCACUACCACUCCUGCAAGCGGCAGGAUGUGUAGUUUCGUUCGCUCCCAGCUAGUAAUCCCCAUCACCUAUAUCCUUUUCCUGCGUUUCCCUCCCUCUCCUCAUUAGUAAUUGAGUGUGCAUUAAUGAGCUAAUCGUGUGUAUGUGUGUAUUGCGUUACAUUAUCGUAUAUAUGCAAGUAUUUUUUAAUCAUAACUGUACGUGUUUAUGCGUGUUUUGUCUCGGUGUGCGCGUCGGUCGACGUCUCAAUAAAGUAAACCAUUUUGUAGCAGGAACGUGGUUAGGACGAAUAAACGUAGUAAGAAUACUUUCUCCCCUCCACUUCUCCGGGCCGGGCGCUUUCGUCGGUGUGCGAGUCUCAGCGACACUUCCGUCGUGCGGAAAGCUUUUCCCCACACGGGCGCAAGGAGUGGGUCAACGGAAAAUUCCAAGGCUCGAGGCCGUGUGCCGCGGUGGGUGAUCAACGUGUAUGUGUGUGUGUGCUAGCACGGGCCCGGUUGACGGCGCCAUUUUCGAACGAUUUUCCAGCCGCUUUUUUAGGCAGCGUUAGCGAUUAGUGCGAUUGAUUGGUAAUAGUUUAGUGAACAGCAUACAAGGAGGCACCCUCACACACAUACGUGCGCGUGUGCGUGAACGAUCGGAGAAGUGAUAUUAAUUGCUAAUAAAAAU